AUGUGCCUAGUGCCUUGUCUACGGAUGUAAAAGUAAAGUGUAAACUUCCGAUUACGCUCAAUCAAUGCUCAUCCACCGGGCCUCUGGAAGAAACCGAAAGCUGACGUGACAUCAGUGGAGUUGCUUGAAAUUAUGACUCAGUGAAGUGGUCAUACAAUUGCAAAAAAAUCUGAUACUGUGUCACUUUGAAUUGCACCAAAAGUUCAGUUCACGAUGGGGGAUGAUGUUACCGCUAUUGCUACGAACAUCGUUACAGCUAUCGACACCGAGCGCACAGACGUAAUUUGCUCCGUCUUGUCAGAACUCGGAAGCAAGAAAUACAAUCAUGAUCCUGACCUCUUGCAGAAAGUCUUAAAUGGUCUCCACACAAAUUGUGGCACUUUGCUGCACUAUGCCACAAAGAGUGGCAAAGUGGACAAAGUGAGAACCCUUCUAGCUGGAGGUGCUGACCCAGGCAUCCAGAACAAAGAUGGAUUGCUUCCCUUAGACUUGGCUUCUGAUGCAAUUCGCACUGUUUACAACGAAGAACUUUUGAAAGCUACAGCUCAGUCUAACAUCGGUAGGGUAUGCCAGCUUCUGGCAGCAGGUGUGGACAUCCACCUGACGGACAGUCCGGAGAUGCUGAACACUCCACUGCACUGGGCUGUGUGCCAUGGUAACAGAGACAUGGUCCAGUGCCUCUGCGCUCGAGGUGCAGACCUUAACAUAUACAACACACGUGGCCUGACCCCCCUUCAUGAGGCUGUGAAACGUGGUGAUGCUGGUAUUGUGGAGGAGCUGCUCAACUACGGAGCCAAUGGCGACUUGCAGGUCACAUCAGGUGAGAAUGUGGGUCAGACAGCUGUGGACAUGGCUGAGGGUAAGGAGUCUGUGAUGCAAGUGUUCCGAGCCCCCAGAGAAUUGCCCGAACCCAUCAGCAACAUGAACCACUACUUUGAUAGCAAAGCAAACCUGGUACGCUUUGACAGUCUUACCUCAACAGACAGCAUUUUGGGCAAUGGAGAUGAGACCCUGUCGUCACCAAAACUUACUGUGCCAAAGGCGAAUGGUAAAGUGAGAUUUGAGACAUCCAGUCCUCUCCCUUCACUGGUCACUGACGAGAAGCUGUUCUUGGUGUGGCCGGCUAUGCAGGUGGUUAAACAAGGGGGAGGAAACCCUUUCACCAUCAACAAAGCUCUUCCUGUUUUUGUCUCCCCAAACCAUGAUGCAGCCAGUGCAGGUGACAUGGCAUACUUGUGGAAUCUGCGUCGCCCACUUUUGGAAUCUCUUGGCCUUGACAUUUCCAUCAAUCUCCUGACGCCGUUGGCUAACCUGGAUUCACCUCACAUCCUGUGCCACCUGAAUCCUCGACUGAGUCCUCAGCCCGGUUUCUACCGGUUGACUGUGACUCCAAAACAGAUCAAGAUCCUUUGUGGGAGUCUAGAGAGUUUGAGCUAUGCUGUGUCAACAGUUUUGCACUUGAUGACCUUGUACAAGGAAGAGGAGUCCAUUACUGUCCCUUCUUUGUUGAUUGAAGACUGGCCAGACUUGGCUUAUCGGGGUGUCUUGUUGGACGUGUCUCAGGGUAGGAUCUCUCUUAUGGACAGCUUAGAGGAGUACUUGGACACACUGUCACUACUCAAGAUCAAUCAGGUUUAUUUGUAUACAAGAUUUCAUUCCAAUCUGCCACCACAGUGGCAGUGUCCACAUACUAGAAGUGAGGUUCUGCACCUGUCCGAGUUCUGUCACAAGCGCUACCUGCAGCUGGUGCCGGUGGUGGAGGUGGGACCCAAAGUCCUGUGGGAGGACCUGCCCAAGCUCUACCCGGUCUUCCAGGACUUCCUCGCCUGUUUCCCACAUGCACAAUUUGUGAGUGCUGGCCCUCGUUUGAGUACCUUCCUCCUCGACUCUUCCGAAGAUAAUCUCAGUGUUGGUGAUGUGCAGCGGUUUUUGCCAAUUGCAUCGAAUCAGACUUUGCAGCUGUGUGGCUACCCGCUUCAUGACCUGGGCACGUCCAUGUUGCAACAACUACCUCCCGGCAUUGUGUUCAAAGAGUAUGCUGUCAAAGCUGACCAUGACUACAGCAAGUACUGUGCUCCUCUUGCUCAGCUUGGCAUCAAUUACUUUGUUUGUCCCGGCACUGCUGCAUGGAACAGUUUGGCUGGUUGCCCAGAAGCUGCAGUCGGCAACAUUUUUUCAGCUGCAAUGAAUAACGAAGGAGCUUUAGGCAUGGUGGUCUGUGACUGGACAGGCAAGGGACAUCUGAACCACCAGCUCUUCUCCUGGCCCGGCAUCAUCACUGCUGCUGGACUGGGCUGGAACAAGAACACACAGAAGGACUACUUGGAAACUUCAUUACCAGCUCUGCUAAACCAGUACGUGUUCCGGGAUGUAGAGGGCGCUCUUGGUAGUGUGGUCAUGGAGUUGGGUAGGGCCGAGACAUAUGCCAUUCGGCGGUCACGGAAUCAGCCAGGCGAGGACUCCUCGGACCUACCAGAGGAGCAUGGCUCUAUCCUGUAUCGUUUCCUCACACACCCAGAUGCUGUUCCUCUCGAGUUCCUUUCCACAGACGCUUUGCAGCAUGUGACCCGCCAUGUGCGAAAAUGCCAGACUGCACUACCUCGAGUGCACUGUGUGUGUGCUAUGGGUGAAGUACUCAAAAGUGAGGCCCAGCUGACCACAGAACUCAUGUUAUUAGCCUGCAAAGUUGGAAAGGCUUUGGUUCUGGCAGGCAGGAAACCCAACUCUCAGUCAGGCUAUGACGUGGUCAACUUUGGCAUUAGUAACCUCACAGUGACUACACGAACAGACCUGGCCAACAG